AAAAAACAAAUAAUAAAGGAAGACGCCAUUGCCAUUGCAGUUGGUGCCACACACAACCUGAGAGAGAGAGAGAGAGAGAGAGAGAGAGAGAGAGAGAGAGAGAGAUGAUGGAGGUAAAAGAAGCGUUGUUCAUGAACAGAGGAGAAGGAGAAAGUAGUUAUGCACAAAACUCUUCUUUCACACAAAAAGUGGCCUCCAUGACAGUGCCAGUGCUAGAAAAUGCAGUUGAAACUCUACUCUCCAAAGAUAUCCACCUUCUGCAAGCUCUUAACGCAGCGGACUUGGGUUGUGCAGCGGGUCCAGCCACUUUCACAGUGAUUUCUACAAUCAAAAGAAUGAUGGAAAAGAAAUGCAGGGAAUUGAAUUGCCAAACACUGGAACUUCAAGUUUACUUGAAUGAUCUUCCUACAAACGAUUUCAAUACCCUCUUCAAAGGCCUGUCAUCUAAGGUUGUUGGUAACAAAUGUGAGGAAGUUUCUUGUUAUGUGAUGGGAGUAGCGGGGUCUUUCCAUGGCCGUCUUUUUCCUCGUAACAGCUUGCAUUUAGUUCAUUCCUGUUUCAGUGGUCAUUGGCUUACUCAGGCACCAAAAGGACUCACAAGCAGAGAAGGCUUGGCAUUAAACAAGGGGAAGAUUUACAUAUCAAAGACAAGCCCUCCUGUUGUAAGAGAAGCCUACUUAUCUCAAUUUUAUGAAUAUUUCACAAUGUUUCUCAACGCUAGAUCCCAAGAGGUGGUUCCAAAUGGUUGUAUGGUGUUGAUACUUCGUGGUAGGCUAUCUUCUAAUCCUUUAGACAUGGAGAGCUGCUUUACUUGGGAAUUAUUAGCCAUAACCAUUGCUGAAUUGGUUUCACAGGCUGCUUUUCUAUGGGGAGGCCAGAUUUGAAGAGGAAAUUACACUUGGUGAAGUGGAAGGAGGUUCCUAAGAGCAAGAUGCAAGGAGGGCUGGGGAUUUGAAGAACUAGAGAUUUUAAUGACUGUCUUUUGAUAAAGUGGUGGUGGAGGUUUGCUAAUGAAGAUGAGGCUUUAUGGAAGAAGGUGGUUUGUAGUAAAUACAAUCUAAAUGGGGGAGUAUGGUUUCCAACUUUGAACCAAGGUAAGAGGGCAUCAAAGUUGUGGAGUGAUAUUUUAGCUGCUGUAGAGCACAGGCCUAUGAUGUUCAAUUUUUACACAAUCAAUGUUCAGAUUAGAGUGGGUAAUGGGAACGGAGUGAGGUUUUGGCAGGAUAAAUAGUGUGGUGAUUGUUGUUUCAAAGAGAAAUUUCCCAGGUUGUUUAGGUUAUCCACUGAUAGAGGAGGUUCUUUAAGGUCUUUUGUUGAAAAGCAAGAUAGUACUGGUGGUUGGGAAAUUAGCUUCAGAAGGAAUUUAUUUGUUUGGGAGAAGGAGGAACUCAACAAGCUCAGCGAGGAGUUAUGUCUGGCUCCAUCACUAAAUGGGAAUGAUGAGGAUAAACCAGUUUUGUUAGCAGCACAAUCAGGUCAAUGUAUUGUUUCCACCCUCUAUAAGUAUAUAGAUUUGGAGGCUGGUGAGCAGUCUAUUGUUAGUAAACUGGUAUGGGUGAAUUAUCUCCCACCCAAAGUGCAAUUAUUUGGGUGGCUUGCAUGGAAACACAAGGUGAAACCAUCUGAUUUUCUGCAGAGGAUUGGAAUUUUGGAUGGAAGUGUGUCUUAUCAGUGUGCGUUUUGCAAUAAUGAGCUAGAAACAGUUCAGCAUGUGCUAAUUUAUGCCCUUUGGUUUGGAGGGUGUGGACUGAUUUGCUACAGUGGUGAGGAAUUAAAUGGCUGGUUCCUGAAUCAGGGGAAAGGUUGGUACAAUGGUGGGAUGGUAACAGAGUCAAAAAAAUCUAAGAGGAGAAUUUGGAUGGCUUUACCUCUAGUUGCCUUAUGGUCUUUAUGGAAGUAUAGAAAUGAUUGCUUGUUCAAUGGUAUACAAACAAUGAUGGGGGAGCUGAAGGAGGCAAUCAUCAUCAAAUUAGCAAUUUGGUUGAAGGCUUACUUCAAAGAGUACCAGUAUUCUAUUUUUGACUUUUUAUUUAAUUUUUCUCAUAUUAGAAAAUGUUUAGGGGGCUAAAAGCUUACAGAUUUUUUGUAAGCUUGGUGUUUUUGUUGUUUCUGUUGUUCUAUUGGAAUCUUUCCAACUCGCUUCCGAGGGUUUAGGUUGGUGUUGGUGAAGAUGGGCUACUAAUGCUGUACUUGUUAAUGAUGCUGGUUCUACUUGGUGAAAAGGAGUAUCUACUCUGUGGUGGUUGAUCUGUGUGGGCAGUGAUCCCUUUCAAUUGGCUGUUGUUUCUGAUGCUCAUUUUCUACUGAUAUGGGUUGCUGCUGGUUUUGUGUGGGUGAUGAUCUUUUAAUUAGGCUACUGCAGUUGAUAUUUUGUUGUUGUCCUGUUUUAUUAUUGUGUCUGCUGUAGCUGUUAUUUUAUUGUUGUCCUGUUUUGUUGUGUUUGCUAGUUUUGGGUUAUUUGGUAUGUAUUAGUUUUGGUUAGCCUUUACUUGGUUGAGGUUGAUUUGGGUGUUUGUGGUUGGUUCCUCACCAACUCUUGAUGGUAUGUAGCAUAUGAUUUGGCAGUCUUAUUGGUGGCAACCUAGUUGGCAUUGAUUUGGCUCGCUAUGAUGUUUUUGCACUUGUAAUGCCCAUAAUCAUAGGAGAAAUAUUAUAUUUUCA